UUAAUUUGACACAAACCGAAGUUGUCAAACUUUAUAUUGUUCAAAUUGAGCUUGUAGAGUCAUUCUACUUAAAAAUUUCAUUUAGAGUACAAACUACGUUUUGAUAAAUUCAUACAAAAUUAUAUAACGAACCAUGAAUCAAGUGAACGCCAAUGAACCUUCCAUUGACGGAUGUAUGCAGGUCGCGCUUCGCGUCCGAGUGGGAGAACAGUCAGAAGAUGCCGAAAAUUGCUCCGAGGCCUCUCGUUACAAUCUUUGCGGUAAACCAAGCUUUUUCGUAUGCAAGGGCAAGAAAUCUCCGAAUCUCAAUGAGGUCGACAGUGAUACAGAUCUCCGACAGCUCCAGCCGACCGGGUUCUCUUAUGAAGAUACUUCUACGAGGAUCCAAGACAUAAUGGAAUGUCAGCAGCACAUCAUUAGAAUGGUGGAAGGUGCCAAGGAAAAGAUCAUUGAAGAAAAAGAUUCAAAGUGCUUUUUGACUGUUUGGAACAUUUUUAAAGAUUACGUUAAAAAGUUGUUGACACUGAAAUAUUGCUUUGUUUAAACGAAUAAUAAUACAAAAUAUAAUAAAGACAAUAUAAUACCAAACGAAUGGAAGGACGAACUAUAAUACAACAAAAAUAAUAAUACAAGUGACAACGAUAAUAACUUAUGUGCAAUCCGUUAAGAUUUAAUUUUUAUUGACUUAUUACCAAAUAUAUAAAUCUUAUUUAUUUUUAAAGAAGAAAUUAUCGGACGAAGAAACUUAAAGCUACUACUACAAAUUAAAGUUUACUUUAAGUUGUAUAAAAAAUAAAAAGUGAUUUUAGUUAGUUUCUCAAAAUUUAACAAACAAAAUUUACAACAAAAUUUGGAAUACAACAACACCGCAACAAAACCAACAACAAUAGCAGCAAUAAUUCCAACCACUGCAUCAAACAACUACAAAACAACCAACCGAUAACAACAAGAUAACAAUAAGAUACGAAAUAAAAUAAAACAACAUAUAAUACGAGAACACUCAUAAUAUAAGAAUAUUGUAACCAUAAAACAGAAACUAACCCAUAAAAAUAAAUCGAAAAUAAAUCAACGCGCAACAAGUACGAAUCAAAACACCAAGAAACAGGCAAAACAGUAUAAUUAAAUCACACGACACAACUGAAAAUAGCAUCUGGCACAGAAGUUUGUCAGAACUACGACCCGCAACAGAAACAAAAAUAAUAGCACCUUAAACUCAAUUCAAAUCAGGACCAGACCCAGAAAUAGCCUUGAAGCCAGCCACCUAAAAGUCCAGCCGAACCCAAUAAUAAAACGCAGUCCCCAAAAUAGCAGCCGCAAAAAAGGAUAACUAAUAGAAAUAGAGCAACGAAAGCAAAUCAGCAAAUCAAAUGUGAAACUGAAAUUCGAAA